AUGUCCGCGAACACGCAUCAACACACCACGUCCGCCAAGGUCCUCACUGCCAUCCACAACAUCCCCCGGCGCGUGCGCAGCGGCACGCUCCGCGCCCCGCGCGCGGCCGGCAAAGAGAACGACCCCGGCGCGCCCUCGAAGUUCGCCGCGCUCCCUCCCAUCCCCGAGCCGCGCGCCGAGCCCGCGCGCUGGGCGCCGGCGGCGGACGGCCGGAUCGUGCUCAAGGUCUGGGUGCCGACGACGGACGAGGUGUGGAAGGUGCGCGUGCCGGCGGGAACGGGCCUCGCCGCGUUCCGCGCGCGCGUGGAGGCGAAGCUCGGGUUCGCGGUCUGCUUCUCCGCGGUGCGCGCGGGCAUCCUUCGGAGCGUCGUCGACGAGGGCGCGUUCCGGGAGUGGGUCCGGGAGAGGGUCGUCGACGGGCGCAACACGCUGCUGACCGCCCACCGGCUCGAGUUGCAGUAA